AUGACUUCCACGUGUUUUGUUAUGGCGCUGUUGGUCUCGUUUGUCUGUAUUACGGUCGUUGCCGCCGCACCUGUUAUAAACUCCACUGCUCAUUCACCGUUCGAUUCUACGGAAAAUGCAUCUACCAACGUCUCCAAUAACCGUGAGUCGGAUUAUUUGCAGUGGUCAAACUCUACUAUCGCCGUCAAUGCCGUGCACGUUCCCGUGACAGUGAAUAGUUCGACUACGUUCCCGAAUAAACCUAAUGUUUUGAACGCAACAGCGAAUAAUUCGGCUGCGCUCCUGGACAAACCCUCUAUUUUUAAUGCGACGGGUAACGGAUGGGAGACCACCGCGGAUAUCAUCACUGUUACCGAAUUCAAUACAUACAGACCAGUGGCGAAUUCUUCGUUAAUCACUGUCGCACCAAACUUAGAGUCGAAACCCGUAGAAAUGGGCGCCACUACAAAUAUCACGAAUUCAACAUUUAAUAACUCAAUCUUUGCGACGCACGAGCAAAGAACAAAUUCAACGGCAUCGGAUGAUGAUCUUGCAAUCGCCAACUCGGGGAAUUUCACAUUAAAUUCCGUCGGCAAUAUCAACUCCACCAUAGUCCAGCCGCAGUCAAAUCUGACAGUAUUAAAUUCCACAAUAAACUAUUCCAUAGAUACUGCGCAACAUUUGAAUUUGACAAACAAUAGUUCUAUCAACUCUGUGCUUUUUUCUGCACACUCGGAGUUAAAACCUGAGGUGUCAAAUUCAACAGGAACAAAUACCUCUACUGGCUCUACUGUUGCCGAAGAGGAUGUUCGUCUACAAUUGGGUUCAAAAGAAAUUAGUACCUCCGACAAGGUAUCCGCCAUCUCCAAGCGGUCCAUUUUUACAGACAUUUUAAAACUAAUACCUGUUAUUCGUAUACCUGUCAUUCGUGUACCUAUCAUUCGCAUACCUGUCAUUACAUAGUUUAUUACAUUUAAUUAGUUCACUAGAAUUAUUAUAAUCAAUCAUUUUAUCUAUUUCAAUUUUAUAUACAAUUAAUAUGCAA